UUUUACAAAUGAAAGUGCGUUUUAGUGAAAGCAAGUUUUGUAGCUUAUUUUAUUUUACUUUUUAUCUUCACUAUAAAUACGUUUUUUAUUACCCUUUUAUUUUCCCGGUCAGUUAAGAUUUUUUUCCCCUCUACUACGGGGCUCGUUUUAUGCUCUCUUGCAACUCCGUGGCUCCCAGUCCCGCAGAUAAAGGCGCGUCGCGUCGCGUCUCCCAGGGAGGCGGUGAGAUUGCGCGAUGUGUCUAUCGCAGGAGCGCACUUUGAACUGAGACCCGCAAUGACAGACGGAUCUUUGAGACUCAGUGUCACGGUGAACAACAGUCUGAAGACCCUGUGCGUGAGAAAAGCAUGAAUUCAUUGGAAACGACCGUCUACUGUUAAAGAACCGACUGCAGGCAGUGCAUUGUGGAGGCAUGUUCAGUCCUCUGAGCAGUAAGCAGCAGCCGGCUGGUCCGGGCCUCACAGAUCUGCAGCAGUACAGUCAGUGGCUGGCCAGCAGACAUGAGGCCAGUUUGCUGCCCAUGAAGGAAGACCUGGCGCUCUGGCUCUCUAGCAUGCUGGGUGUGGAAAUCACAGCUGAGAGCUUCAUGGACAGGUUAGAUAACGGUUUCCUGUUGUGUCAGCUGGCUGAGACUCUGCAGGAGAAGUUCAGGCAAAAUGCCUCAGACGUGAAUUCACCAGGAAAGUCAAUCCCCAGCCGCAGGAUUCCCUGCCGAGCCAGUGCCGCAUCCGGUUCCUUUUUCGCAAGGGACAACACAGCCAACUUCCUGUCAUGGUGUCGAGAGGUGGGCGUGGACGACACCUGUCUGUUUGAGUCAGAUGGGCUUGUUUUACACAAACAGCCAAGAGAGGUUUGUCUAUGUCUGCUGGAGCUGGGAAGAAUAGCAUCCAGAUAUAAGGUCGAGCCACCUGGACUUAUAAAGCUGGAGAAAGAGAUUGAACAGGAAGAGAAGACACCUGAACCUCCGCUCUCACCUGUACCUCCCACUUCCAAUUCUCAAUCUCCAACUGUUUCUCCAUCCGUCUCACCAUCCAUCUCUCCAUUCAACAAGACCAACUCCAGCAAAAAAAGCACAGGCAAGCUACUGGAUGAGGCUGUGAAGCACAUUUCUGAAGAUCCACCCUGUAAGUGCCCAAAUAAGUUCUGCAUAGAGCGACAAUCACAGGGCCGUUACCGUGUUGGAGAGAAAAUGCUUUUCAUCAGAAUGCUGCAUAAUAAACACGUGAUGGUGCGAGUUGGUGGAGGCUGGGAGACGUUCGAGAGCUAUCUGCUGAAGCAUGACCCAUGUCGCAUGCUCCAGAUUUCACGUGUAGAAGGCAAGAUCUCGCCCAUCUCCGGCAAAUCUCCCAACAUCAAAGACCUCGCGCCCGAUAGCUACCUGGUAGUGGCGGCCCACUACAAAAGCAAGAAGUAAAAAAGAAAUGUACUAAAGGAACAAGGACUUUUAACGUAACUUUAAAGCACAACUCACUGGCUAGCCGGUGUAGAUGCCACAAGGACAUACGGACUUCCACUGGCUUCUAGAACUUAAAGUUUAAAAGAUAAAAACAACUCAUAACACAAAUAACAGUGUAGAUCAGUUAAAGAUACUGAGGAACUGGAACUGGAAUCCAGAAACAAGGUUUUAUUGUAUACCAAUUUCUUUCAUUUAAUUUCUUUUUAGUCUAAGUGAUUAAAUAUAAAUUGCGUGAUAUCUAAUACAUUCAAUCAUGUCUGCACAGAAUGAAAUCGCUGGAUGAAUUCAAGUAUUCAUUUUUACCCUGGUGGCUAUUCUUUUUAGUGCUUCCUAUACUAACAAUAUUAGCGACUUUUUAAUGGGAGUAUUCUGUUCUUUUGAUGUCAUGAUAUAUGUGUUCUGGCAUUUAUUGUAUUAUACAGUUCUGAUCUUGCUCUUUUGGAAAAUGGUAUCUUGCCCAGUGUUGGGGGUAACAGAUUGCAUGUAAUGCAGAUUAUGUAAUCAGAUUACUUUUUCUAGUAGCUAGUAAUGUAUUUACUUUUUCAACUUUGUUUUCCCAUUUAUUCACUGACACCUCCCCUCUCCCCAUGUUGAGAGAAAUUCGGAGUGAGAUGCAGAGGCACUUCUGUCAGCCUGAGGCUUAUUAAUUUCUCUUUUGGUGUGAAAAGGUUUUUACACUUGCCAAAAAUAUAACUUUUGGGGUUUUUGAUGUUAAAAAGCAAAUAAAAAGAAGCAAGCCAAGCCCAGGUGACAAAAAGUAAUGCAAAAGUAAUGUAAUACAUUACUUUCCAUAAAUGUAACACAUUAGUUUUAAAAGUAACUUUCCCCAACACAGUGAUGGAAGAAAUGUGAUGGAAGUGACUAUAACCGUGGAGUAGUGGUUUGCAUAUCAGAAAACUGCUGAUCUCCUGGGACCAUCCAGUGUGAGUGACAGUUCUGUAGAAGGUCAAAGGAGAAUAUUCAGACUGGAAAUCUUGGAUCACAACAGUGCAAGGCAGAGAACAUAUUUGGAUGAACAUCAGAUCAAUCUCCCGAAGUUAGCAAAAAACAAGAAUCAAUCCAAUAGAGCACACUGGCUCUAAUAACAUGAAUGUGCAACCAACAAAUCUGCACUGACUGCAUGAUGUCUAUGUACCAUGGACCAGAAUCUUGUUGAACGGAGGUGUAACUAAUAAAGUGAGCACUGUGUAUGUUAUGUGCAGUAUAGUAGUAGUGCACUCAAGAGGUUUGACUACAUCAGUUACAAGACAAAAGAGAUUUUUUCUUCAAACAAUCUUUAUUUAAGCAAUGACUCUUUGCAGUUGUGCUUCAGUUCCUGAUCCCAAAGUGUGCGGCUGCCCUCUACUGGUAAACAUGAACAUUGCAAUGCUUUGUCUGAUUUAUUGUAUUAUUAUUAUGCACAGUGUCUGUAUUUUAAUAACCCAUUCUGAAUGAAACCUGCGAAGAUAUUUCAGCUGAUUAUUUGGUGCAAAUCUGUUU